AUGAAACAAAUUAAUUGUGAAUUUGAAGAAAUUAAUAACGAAAACUUGGAAAAAAUAAAGUUAAAUCAAGAAUUUGCCACAAAACAUCGAAUAUUAGAACGCAAAGCCGUUGAAAUAACUCGUAAAAAAAUCAAAAAACUUAAGGAAUAUAAAAAAUUUAGUACAUAUAUUCCUGGAUCUAGUCGCGUUAAGGACAUUGAUAGCUUAAUCGAAUUUCGAAACCAAUUAGAAUGCAUUACAAAAGGUAAUUGGGAGUUAGAUCUUACACCAAGAUCUUUAAUUCGACACAAACAAGAUCCAAGAUACGGGAAAUGUAAUAAGUUACAUCGAAAUAUUGUUAAAAACCAUGAUAUUUCGGUGGAAGAAGAAUGGAAAUUGAUUCCAGAUUCGGCAAAAUAUGUUUGGAAAACACCAAAGAAAUGCCCUAUACCAAAAAUAACCGUCGAGCAAGCUUGUAAUCUACUUUCGGGAAAUAAAAUUUUGAUAAUUGGAGAUAAAUUACAAUUUCAAUUACAUGAACUUUUAUUGGAUUUUUUUCUUGACGGACCUGUUGAAUGUUAUGGAGAAAACGCAUGUAAAGAUCACCUACUUUGUAACAUUAUCACAGAUGAUCCCGAUUACAAUAGAAAAAUAUCAGUAAUGAAGUUUGUAAGAAACGAUAUACUUUCUCACAUGAAAGAACCACCAAUAGACGUUAAGGAUUUCCAACUUCCUUGGAUACAAUUCAGCACUCACUACAAUGUUUUUAUUUUAAAUAAAGGACAUCAUUGGCAGAACGAUGAGACUUUUCGAAAUAGUUUAAUAGACACCAUUAUAAAUAUAAGAAAAAAAUCAGAAAAGAAUCUUAUAAUUUACCGUGCUACUACUCUGGGACAUUUAAAUUGCAAAAAUGCUGAUAGACCUUUGCCCGCUCCUCCGAAUGCUACAGAGUUGGAAAAUCUUCCUUAUCAUUGGGGUGAUAUUCAUAGACAAAAUUUGAUCGCUAAAGAAAUUAUUGAAGGUCUUGGUGGGGUAUUUUUAGAUGUAGAAUCAGUCAUGAUUACAAGAGUGGAUGGACAUUUUGGUGGUCGAGAUUGUUUAAGAUGGUGUAUCCCUGGACCUGCAGACGUUUGGCUAGAUUUUUUAUUUUACGCUUUGAGUGAGUUGUUGUGA